AUGCUUUAUAUAAAUAUUCAUGCCUCUGCUCACUGUGACAGAGACACAUUAGUUGAUUUCGGUGAGAGUCGUGAGACUUACUACAAGACUUAUUCAAGAAAGCAUUUCAGCGAAAGCCGUAGUAGCCUAUUUGCACAACCCAGCUCGGCAAUGGAACUGAAAAUAAAACUAUUGGGCGGAGAUGUGAGGUCGCUGGAGGUGAGAGAUAAUGCCACAGUUGGUGAACUCAAGCAGCUCAUUUCUCAUCUCUUCAGUGUGCCUCCUAACAGCAAACAGAAGCUUUCUAGCGAAAACGGUCACCGUAUCAGCCUUGAUGAUGAUUCCAGAAGCCUCAGCAGUUACGGUUUGUGCUCAGGCUCAGUGGUGAUGCUGCUCAUCUCAAAACCUGGACCUUUCCAAGUGUUCGUCAAGAACGUGAAUGGCCAGACCAAAACCUAUGAUGUUGAUGUCAAUGAGACCGUAGAUCAGCUCCAGACUAAGAUCUUCCAGAAAGAGAGAGUCCCCAAGGAUCAGCAGUGUCUGACUUGCAACAGCAAACAACUGGAGGCUGGCAAGAAGUUGCAAGACUACGGCAUCACAUCUGGAAGCACCAUUUUUAUGACUCUUCGUCUCCGAGGUGGUUAAUGGAGUAGAUCAGCGUGACCAGGAUUCAUUAAUGAUCCAACUAUUUAUUAAUGACUAAACAUGCCAAAAUAUAAUAGUCCUACUGAAAGACAUUUUUUAGUCGCUCUCUAGAUAAGAUGAUCUCUAAAUGUUUCUGGCCUAACAUGUCUGGGGGUAUUCCAGAAAACAAGGUUAACUUACCGUCACAUAUACCCUGAACUCUCGGUUGAUUAACCCAAACCUUGCUUACUCGAGCUAUGCUGGUUCCAAAAACGCAUCCAGGAGUAAGUUCAGCCUCAGCCAACCCAGAGUUUGUUCCUGGUUAACACACAAGACGUUCUCAGCACAACAGAGAAUGAUGCUUCACAAUGGAAACAAAUGCUAAGAAAGCGCGUCAUUCUACUUCCUUAUUCUUUUGUUUAAUACCGAUUUACAUAACCUACUUAGUGUACAUCUAUUUGGUGGUUGUGCAAUCAUUUUUUUCAAUGUUUUCAUUUAACCUAUUCAACCUCUACACUAUAAUAUUUAUCACUUUCAGCAGAGUUUUAUGUAAUUUCAAAGGGUUUUCUCUAAAAUGACACUAGGCUAUACUUUAGAUUUGGAUAGGAGGAAAUUACAUAAAGCGGAAAUUACAUAAAAAAGUAAUAUUCUUCCCUUCAGGUGCAUUUGAAUAACUCUUGCAUACAACAUGAUAGAGACAAAAUUCUUUUUUCCAGUGUUUGUUGAAAUCUAAAAUAAACAAUCAAAACUGAACUGUCUGCAGGUGCUGAAUCAAUAUUUUUUUCAAAAAAGAAAUAAUAACCAAAAAAAAAAAAACUUUUUUUGGGGGGGGGGGGUUUACAGCACAGACAACAUUGUUGGUAUUACAGCACAGACAACAUAUACUAUAAUUUAUUUAUUUAUUUAUAUAAUUUUUAUAAUUUUUUCAAUUUGGGUAGGCCAAAUAUCCAAUAUCCAAAUUGCUAAUUAUUUAAGAAGAUCAGGUUGUGUUCAGAGAGUAAGUUGCUAUGGCUAUUUACAUACCCUGAAAGUUUUUGGAAUCGAAAUGUGAGGUUAUCCGUUUGCUCACUUGCUUACUCUUAAUCAUACCCAGGUGUCACAUAACCUGCUUUCUGAAAUUCCCCCGAUAUUAGAAUAUUCAGGCUAGUUAAGUUGUGAUUUAAUGUAUUCAUCAUGUUCCUUUCCUACAUAUGUGCCCAUUGUUGUUAUGUUAUGCAUUAUAUUUUUACGUUGUAAAUAAAAUGUAAAUACCA